AUGAUAGACGACGAACGCCCCACCGACGAGCCCUGGCAAAACGUAAAAAGCGAAGAAACAUGGGAGGAGGGGGAAGAAAUACUCGAUAACCGACAUGGCGCACCGCACCAUCAUGAAAACACAAGUUUUAGAACACUUGCUCAUGACCUAUCAACCGACCCGACAGACUUCGAGGGGCAGGCGGUGUUGUGGGAUGGUGAAGGGUUUGAGGAUCCAAAGAAGAAGAGCAAAGGCUCGAAUGCCGUUCAAGGUGCUUCGGCCGCUGGAACUCGCGCGAUCACGAUGCAGCUCGUCUCAUUCUACUUUCGGUACCCAGUCAAGGCCUUCAUGAGGCUGCGUAUCGACUACAUGGCGGUCGCUCGUGCGAUAAAUCCACAGAUCCAAGCAAAUGCCGCAUGGACAGUACACCAGUCGACAUUAGGAGUUCUAGCAUAUGCAGUUAGGACACAUGGCUGGCGAUUCAUUCCGAACCAAGUUCUUCCCCCACUGCUGGCGAAUACAUCCAUGGGGAUUAUUUUAUAUACAUCGUAUUUGCAAAUAUUACAACAUCAAUACGCGCCCGCUGGUCAUGCUACAAAGCGUGCUUACCCUCCCCCACCGUACUGGGCUACGUUCACUGCCGGUGCAGCUGCCGGUGCAAUACAGUCUCUAUUUGCAGCUCCGUUGGAUGCUAUAAGCUAUCGAUUUGAUGUGAACGAGCUUACGAAGCACACGAGUGUACUUCCGGAGCCGAGCAUGAAGUCAGCACCUGUAUCGUUUUGGGCCUAUGGACGCCGAAUUCUUAGUGAAAUAGGCUGGCACGGCGUUUUUGCAGGUUACAGCUUGAGCCUUGCGAAAGAGUGCUUUGGAUACGGUCUGUUCUUUUCGACAUUUGAGUACGUAAAGCAGCAGAUGUACUACAGGUGGCUUAGUCAUUAUUAUGGCCAUAGACAUCGAUACUUGCACCCGUUCGGAAUGAAACCAUCGGACCCAAUCACGAUUAUCCGGCCUCAUUGGUCCUUGGAACCGAUGUUCCUUCUCGGUGCCGGGGCCUCGGCGUCGUUCGCAUCACAUGCAGUUUUUUAUCCGCUGAACCAGAUACAAAAUGCCCACCUAAAGCAGCUAGAGUUCAUAGAUAGAUCAAACGCCCUAGCGGCGGCAGGGCUAAAGAAACAUUCAUAUGGUUGGUGGACGCGGUACUCGCACGCAUACGAGCAGACCUACAAGGAUUGCAGGGAACUGGCGACUCGAAACGGCGGUUGGAGACGCUGGCUCUACAAAGGGUAUUUAAUAAACACGAUGAAGAGUACGCCGAGCACAGCGGCCGCCUUAAUAGUUUUCGAGCUUGUCAGGCGAAAAUUUGGAGAAGAAGUCGGACUUGCAUCGAUACAGCAUGACGGAUUUGAGAUCGUACUUUGA